AAUGAAGUGAGUGAUAAUAUGAUCAAAAACUGUUGGAAUUCUAUUGGUAUACUUUCAGAUAUAACUAAUAGUAAUGAAUCAGAGCCAGAUCAAUUUUUUAUGGAUACUGAUGAUGAUAAUUACGAGACUAUUGAUUUUACUAAUGACGGAACAUUUGAUCCCGAGUCUGCAGCAACAGAUUCUGAAGAAGAUGAAGUACCUUUGGCACCUCCAGUAAAUUUAUCAGUAGCAAUAAAUGCGCUGCAACUUCUUAUUCAAUUUCAAGAACAAAGAAAAAGUGAUGAUGGGUUUAAAUCUGAAGAGUUAAAUAUGUUGUAUAAAAAAUUGUAUCAUUUCGAAAAAUUGAAAAAAAGCAAACCAAUCUUUUUCACUAUUUUAAUAAUGGCUCUGAAAAUUUAUUUGAGGUAG